CAGAGAUGUGUCCUCAGGCCAAGUUGCUGGACAAGUCCACGGGUCACGAGGCCACGUUUCCUAGUACUCCUGUCAACCAUCUUGCCAUGAGCAAGGAGUUCUGCGACGGAGAUUUUGUUGGCUAUGCCAUGUGCUCUGGGAACCUACGGACUGGGUCUUCAUGGGGCCACAGGCAGAUUGAGCAUUCCUGUAACAGCACUGGUCACGUGACCAGAGGGAGCCUGAACCUAGCAAACCUCUCGAUCGUGUUCACGUGGAUGAAAAGAGCAGUUCACUGCCACAAAAACCUAAACCUGAUUUACUCGUACUUGAUGAGGUCCACAUUGAGCCCGAGAAUGUUGCUGACGUCACAAACCGUCUGGAACGUAUUCUGACUUCAACGGAUCAGCUGACCGAAGUGGAUGUGGAGGCUGUGGCCGGCGUCAUCAGUCGCAUCACCGUCGUGCCUGUCCUGCCCGUUGAUGUUGGCCAGCAUUUACUACAGAUAGUAAGCCGAGUGUUAGACAGUCCACCUGAAGUUCUCAGGAGAGCACAGGAGCAGUCCAAUGCUACCACGAGAAUUUUGAGCGAUUUGGACUACUUUUCUGGGAAGAUGGAUUUUGCACAGACGCCGCACGUGCGUUAUGUUACACCCAAUAUUGCAAUGGAGUUGUGGAAUUUGGGGAAAACUAGGGAAACAGUCAUUGGCUUUGGUGCCACAACUGAUUUAAAUGGAACCAGUAUUUUAUCGGAAUCAAGAAUACUGACGAUUAAAAACAGAACGUGGGCAGAGCUUCAUCUUGAAAACUUUGAUGUUGCCAUUGAGCUACCAGACCAAGUGGUCAUGGAUCCCUCAACAGAGACUGUGGGAAUGCGACUUUCUAUGACUAUAUUUCGCAAGCCAGGACUGUUCCUGUCAUCUGAGCAGGUGGAAACGUCCGUCCCUCGCAGCCCUCAUGUUAACAGUCCUGUUAUUUCUGCUGCUGUUGACGGUAGAAAAAUCAAAAACCUAGAGCAGAAGGUGAAGCUGGUCUUCAAACCAGAAAAGAUGAGUGACAGAGGUGCCACAAGGUGCGUGUUCUGGGACUUUGGAAGGUCUGGCGGCGGUGGGUGGUCGUCCUCCGGGUGCACAUUCAAUGGCACAGUCCGCGGUCGCCACAUCUGUCUGUGUGAUCAUCUCACAAACUUCGCCGUGCUUUUGGAUUUCUAUGGAGAUACAAAAUCUUUUGGAGAGAAAGAUAACAAUGCUUUGAGCAUGAUCACUAUAGUUGGAGUCACUUUGUCCAUGCUGAGCCUGACUUGCACCAUCUUCACAUUCAUCAUUUUCAAAAAACUCCGGAAAGGUCGAGCCCAGCAGACCCUGUUCAACCUGUCGCUGGCUUUGCUGUGCUCCCAGGCCAUCUUGCUCAUUGGACUGAAGCAGACGACUCAUUAUGGAGUUUGCCUGGUUGUGGCGGUCCUUCUGCACUAUUUUAUAAUGGCCUCCUUCAUGUGGAUGAUGGUCGAAGCUGUAUUACAGUAUCUUAUAUUCGUCAAAAUACUUGGCACCUACAUCUCUAGGUACACACUCAAGACCAUGGUGUCAGCCUGGGGUGUACCCGUCAUUCCUGUGGUGACAGUUCUUUGCAUUGACUACAGGCAGUAUCGCGGGCGACGAGACUAUUGUUGGAUGGAACUCGAGGCCUUCUACUACGCCUUUGCCCUGCCCGUGGGUGUGAUCAUGGUGUUCAACUUUGCCCUGUUCACUGUCAUCAUGUCCAGCCUCAUGCGCCGUCCCAUGGCGGGUUUACGGAACACAAAGAACAAACAUUCAGUGGCAGAGACCAACAUUAAGGCAGCCUUCACCAUUUUCGUUCUUCUCGGUUUGACCUGGAUCUUUGGCUACCUGGCUAUCGAGGACGCCCGCCUGCCAUUCCAGUACUUGUUUACCACCUUGAAUUCACUUCAGGGUGUGUUUAUUUUUGUGCUACUCAUCGCUCGCCGGCGCCAAGUCCGAGAGCACUGGAAGCUGCUGUGUUGUCGCUUGAUGAGUCCAAUAAACCGAAAGGAAAAGGUUUCUGCAACUCGUUCGAGCUCUUUGUCUUCCAGCUUCUCUGGAAGCUCCCUCGCAACUAACAGGAAGACCUUCAGCAUCCGCAGCUACUCGACAGCCGACAAGUCCAGUCCACCAUCUUAGUGCGCCAUCCAUCUGCUUCUUCGUGAAUAAUAAUAAAGCCAGGAUAGACAUCUGUGUCGUUCAUACAUUUAUUUUAGUGUAUUACAUACUAUGUGCAUCUUUAUUGCUCCAGAAAGUCAGUGUAUGGUGUAAAUUAUCAGACAUAUCCGAGAUCUGUGUUGUUGACUUUUCAAAUGUACUACCAGAUGUACUGCAGCUACAAACAGUCGUGGCUUUAUACCCAUAUUUUGUCAGUUAUCUUUUUAAUAAAGUGAUAUCCUAGA